AUGGAGUUUAGUACUUUAUAUGGAGUUUACAAGACCUACUUUGAUAUUCCUAAUUUUGACUUUCAUUUCAAUUGCAUUUUAAGCGCAUAAUAUUUAUCUUUGUUCAUGGUUAUACUUUACGUUGGCAUUAUUACUGAUAAGUAUGGGCCUGGUUUUUGCUUUCUUAUUUAAGCAAUUAUUAUCACUUUUGGAUAAAUUUUGGUGUGUGUGUCUGUUUACACUAAAUGUUUUUAUUUGAUGUACUUAGCUAGAUGCUGCAUCUGCAUUGGAUGUAGUUCUAUCGCUGUUUCUAAGGGAGUUUAUUGCAGAGAUUACUUUCAUUCGACUCACUUAGCACUCACUAAUUCAAUGACUAGCAUGAGCUUUACUCUCUCAUAAAUAACAAAUCUAUACUUUGUUUGGCUUGUAUAUAACCAUUAUAAUAUACUUAUUGUUGAGUUAUUUGACCUGUUUCUUUGCAUUUUGGGAUUAACUCUAGUCUAUUUUAUAUAUAAAAUAGAUGCCUAAAACAACAGAUACUUAAGUCUUUAUAACUACAAAACAGAUUAUCAAAAUCUCAAUUUUGUUCAUUCUAGCAAAGACAAAUAAAAUAUUGACUAAUCAAGCUCGCAUUAACAAAUUGAAUUGAAGAAAAACAUAAGCAACAAAAAUUAGCAAAUUAGUAGUGAAAAAUAAGAUGUGUAUGUUUCUUAAUUAUAGAUUAAUUUUAAUUAGUAGAAAAAAGAAGAUAAAAACGUAGUAGAUGAAUACCUAAAAGAUUUAAAAGACUUAAAAAAGAGUUACUGGGUAGGAAAUAUAACUGUAGCAGUAGCCUACGUCAGUUUAAUGAGUUAUGUUAUGCUAGGACCUGCUAUAUGCUAGUAGUACAUGGGUCUUACACCCUAAGAGUCAAGCUAUUAUGUAGCCUUUUUACCAAAUAUAACUUUAAUUAUGCCGCUAGUUGGAAGAGUUAUAGACCAUUAUAAAAGCUGGUUUAAUAUUUUUUACAUAAUUAGCUUAUUGGCUGUUGCUGGAUCUUUAUUACUUUUAUUUUAAAUCCCAAUUGCAGCAUUUUUAGCUAUAGGAAUGGCAUAUGGCUCUAGAACAACAGGCGAAUUUCCUUUGAUAUGUUUUCUAUCAGAUAAAAAAAUUGCUGGUCGGGCUUACAGUAUAUCUAGAGCUACAUCUAAUAUGCUUUUAAGCAUAAUGCUAUUCAUUAAUAGCAUGAUUGUGGAAUAUACUCGCUCUUAUUUAUAUACAUAAAUCAUUCUUUUAUGUUGCGGAUUGUUAGUCUCAAUACUUAUAACUAUUGUUAAAUAUCUUCAUCUCCAUGAAGUUAAAAUUUAAAGUAAUCAAAUACCAACAAAUAAUUGA